CUCUCUCUCUCUGUCUACUUUCUCUCUCUUUCCGGACUGUGUUUUUUCUCUCUGCAAAGUUCUUGAAUUUCUUCUUGAUUUCUUUCUCAUUUGCUUUUGAAAAUUCCAUAGACGUGUUCACCAAUGCGUGAUCUUCCGAUCAAAUGGAAUUUUGAGGGGUGACGUUUGGGUCUUUCAUUGGGAUUUUUUGAUCAUCGCCUCACUGAGUUGGAAGUUGAAGCUGAAGCAGGGAAAUGCUAGAGGAAAUGGAGAAUUCCGUCAAUGGCGGUUUCUCGCAGUUGCAGAGCUGUGGGGAUAGCAGCGAGGAGGAGCUCUCGGUGCUGCCGCGUCACACUAAGGUGGUUGUGACUGGGAAUAACCGAACUAAGUCUGUGCUGGUGGGUCUCGAGGGUGUGGUGAAGAAGGCAGUUGGGCUUGGCGGAUGGCAUUGGCUGGUCCUUACCAAUGGCAUAGAGGUUAAGCUACAGAGGAACGCCCUGAGAAUAAUCGGAGCUCCGACUGGGAAUGAGGAAGACGAUGACCUCGAUUUUGAAAACAUGCAGUGGAAUGGAUCUGAUAUGGCAUCUGAUGACACUCAGAAGCCCCACAAAUCAAGGCAUAGAACACAUAAAUCAACUGGAUCAUCUCACAAAACUGUGAGCAGGUCUCUUUCUUGUGACUCCCAAUCUAAGGGGUCUAUUUCAACUCUGAGUGGGUCCACGAAGGUUGACCUCAGCAAACUCGAGAUGGCUGCUCUAUGGAGAUAUUGGCGACACUUCAAUCUUGUGGAUGCCAUCCCGAAUCCAUCAAAGGAGCAAUUAGUUGACCUUGUCCAGCAGCAUUUCAUGUCACAGGUAUUUGGAAAAUCGCUCAUUGCUUCAUUUUAGGUUCUUUUUCUUCCUUGCAUCUUCUGUGCAGCUUGCAACGAUUAUUUAAGUUGUUAACAAAUUCAUAGUCAAUAU